AAAGAUAAAAAGUGUUGCGAAUUUACUCUCUACUCAGUUCAGAAGAAUUCAGUACUUUAAAAACAUUUUUAUCCAGAAAGUUUUUUAGAAUCAAUAUUUAUAUUUGUAAUAUGAUUAGUGUAUGUAUUUAAAGUACAUUACAUUAAUGAAAAGAGAAAAAUGAAUGAAAACUUUAUUUUACUUCCAAAAUUUUAUUUUUCACAAUCUGUAUUAGGAGAAUUAAAUAUUCUUUUAAAAAUAAAAUAAAAAACAAUUCUUUAUACCUAUGAAAAAUUUAAAAUAAAUAUCAAUUUUUCAUAAAAAAAAUUUUUACGUGAUGUUUUCAAGUACUCGAGAAGCUGUAAGAGUUAAAGUUAAGAAAUGUGAAAUGCGACAUCAGCCAGAAUAUCGAAAAUUUUCUGUUGAUCCUCAAAUUACAUCUAUAGAAGUUUUACAAAGUAUAUUAAUUAAGGCCUUUGAUAUCAAAGGAGACUUUUCUAUUUCUUAUCGUGCAAUUGAUGAUUAUGGUUCUGAAACUUAUUUAUUCCUUUUAUCGGAUUGGGAUUUGGAUGCAGCGUUUAUUAGUGCAUCAGACCCUUAUCUUUACCUUGAAGUAAAUUUAAAACCAUGCAAAUAUGACUACGAUGAAAAUUUGCGAGAAGUGUCAACUAAGCAACAAAGCACAGGGGUUCCAUGUAAGAGUCAAAAAUUUCCGGGCUUGAUAUUGAAUAAGGUGCUGAACCAACUCUCAAAAAUACAAACUGCAAGUAAUGCAGCAACAUCAUCUUUACAAAUGGAAAAAACAUUUAAUUUGGUACAAAGAGCUCUUGGAAAUUUAGCAGACGAUAACGUUGAACUUCCUCGUCCACCACUAACGGAUAUUGAAUUUAGAAAAUUUUUAGACCCAAUAGGACAAAUAAUUUGUUCAAAGGAAUUAAGAGCUGUUAUUUACUUUGGUGGCAUUGAACCAAGUUUGCGUAAAGUUGUGUGGAAACAUCUUUUAAACGUAUAUCCAAAUGGCAUGUCUGGGCGUGAGAGAAUUGAUUACAUGAAAAAGAAAUCUCAAGAAUAUCAAAAUUUAAGAGACAAAUGGAAGUCAUUGAUACGUCAGGGUCAAAAUAUAGAUGAUAUUGGAUAUGUUACAAAUAUGGUUAGAAAGGAUGUCCUUCGAACGGAUAGGCAUCACAAAUUUUAUGCAGGAUCCGAUGACAAUCAGAACAUUGCUAGUCUUUUCAACAUCCUGACAACUUAUGCCCUUAAUCAUCCAAGCAUCAGUUAUUGUCAAGGCAUGAGUGACCUUGCUUCACCCCUCUUGGUUAUGAUGCGUGACGAAGCUCAAGCUUAUAUUUGUUUGUGCGCAUUGAUGAGAAGGCUUAAAGAUAAUUUCAUGUUGGAUGGUAUUACCAUGACUACCAAGUUUGCUCAUUUGUCAGAAGGUAUACAGUAUUAUGAUCCGCAAUUUUAUGCCUAUCUAAAAUCUCACCAAGCCGAUGACCUUCUCUUCACUUAUCGAUGGUUGUUGCUGGAAAUGAAGCGGGAAUUUGCAUUGGAUGACGCUUUGAGAAUGCUUGAAGUAAGUUGGGCAGCAUUGCCUGCUCUACCUCCUGUUGGAGAAUUGAGUUUAGUGGAAACUCCCUUCCCUCCAUCUUCACCGCAGUCAAGUUCUAGUUUAAAACAAAUUCGAGGAAAUGCCUAUACUAAAGUUUGCGCCAUUCGUCGACAGAGUUCAUCACAGAGUUCACAGAGUUCACAGAUGACCAGCAGCAGUAAAAGAGGACAAGCAGUUGCAGGGGAGUCCUCUGUGGAGAAUGCUAAUGUGGAUAGUAGUUUAGAAACAUCACCUUCUGGGCCGGCAUCUUCACAAGGACUGCCUUUAGAAUCAAGUACGAAUGCAAAGGCUGUGAUAAAUAAAAAUAUUUAUUCUGAAGAUGAGUGUUUAAGUACUGAAACUUUAUCAAACGAAAGUCCAAGUAUGAAAGUAAACUUGAAAGGAGAAUUGAGCUUUGCAGAAGAACAGAAACUUUUAGAAUCUGAAAAAAAAUCCCUAAGAGUUGUCAAGAAUUUGAAUGAAUUUUUGAAUUUUUCAAGUUCCAAUCGUAGUAAAGUUAUGUGCACAAAAAAUGAUCAUCAACAAAAAGAAGUCUCUUUGAAUUUGGCAGAUGAAAAAUCGCUCAACGAUUCCUGUCUGGAUGAUUUCACUGAUUUUUAUCCCAUGACAACUGCAAUGACAAAAGAAUUGAAGCAGGAGAUUGAAUCUUUAAAUCGCCAGGUAUUUGGUUCUUCUUCAUCUAAUAUACACAUGUAUAAGGAAAAUAAGGUGAUUGGGUUUGAAGAAUGUGAUGUGGAAACAAAUGAAGAAAACUGUACUUCUGCGGCUGAUGAAUUUAAUUGGAUGAACUCAUUGAAUAUUGAAAAUAGUGAGGAAGUUCAAGAUGAUAAAAAUGGAAUAACAUCUGACACACCAGUUAGGAUAUUCCAAUAUUUGGGACCUGAGAAUUGCUCUCAACAGGCAGGAACUGAUACUAAAAAUCAAAACAAUGUGGAAAUUGAAACCACUCGAAUAUCAUUUCAAGAAAAUUGUCAAGAAGCAACAGAAAUUAUGAAUCUUAUACCAUCUGAUGUAAAUGAGAGUAAAUAUUCACUUCCACCUCCAAAUGAAUUUGGAGGUGGUAAUCCAUUUUUAAUGUUUUUAUGUAUUACAUUACUUUUGCAACAUAGAGACUAUGUUAUGCGCAAUCAAAUGGAUUAUAACGAAAUGGCUAUGCAUUUUGAUAAAAUGGUUCGUCGACAUAAUGUUAAUAAAGUCUUAAAUCAAGCAAGACAAUUAUUUGCUGGAUAUAUGAGGACACAUUCUAAAACUGACUAUAUUAACGUAUAAUAGCACAUUGAGCGUUAAAUUACAAUUAUUAUUUAUUUACAACUCAAGAGCAAAGAAAGUUGUCACUUUGUUCUAUUGUAUCAAAAUUAUAUUCUUAAUUUUUCUUAAUUCAAAAGUAUUUCUUUGAAUAGAAGUUGAAUACCAAAAGCUUAUUUUCUUUAAAAAUAUAUUUGAAUAUUCUCAAAUGAAAAUAGAUGUAAAAA